AUGAGCGAGGAACGGUUGCGGCGGGUCCGCGACCGGGUGCGGCCCUUCCCCGACUUCCCGGUGCCCGGCGUGCUCUUCCGCGACAUCAGCCCCUUGCUGAAGGAUCCUGCAGCUUUCCGGACUUUGAUUGAUCUUCUGGAAGAUCAUUUGAGGGCAUCUUUCCCCCAAAUCGACUUUAUCGCAGGCCUGGACUCCCGCGGCUUCCUCAUAGGCCCCCCCCUGGCUCAGAGAUUGGGGAUCGGCUUCGUGCUGAUACGGAAAAAGGGGAAGCUUCCCGGUCCGACCGAGUCGGUCUCCUAUGCCCUCGAGUACGGCAAGGCUGAACUUGAAAUCCAGAGUGAUGCCGUGGAACCGGGACAAAAAGUAGUUAUUGUAGAUGACCUGCUUGCAACUGGAGGUACCAUGUGUGCAGCCUGCGAGCUGAUGAAGAGGCUGAAGGCUGAAGUCCUGGAGUGCCUGGUGAUCAUAGAGUUAAAACUCCUGAAAGGGUCGGAAAAGCUCAGGUCCAUCCCUUUCUACUCUCUGCUGCAGUAUGACUGAGGAGGAGCCGGGAGAAGGGAAUGCACACCCUGAGCUGUGCACGAGUUUGGGGCUUUAGUCAGUGACUUUUGA